AUGAUCUGGAUCAGACGGCGGCUCGUCGUCGUCGCCGUCGCCGUCUCCAUCCUCUUCCUUAUCCUCGCCUCCCAGGAUGGUCCCCGGACGACGGCGCGCCAGUACAUGACCAAGGUCGCCAACGUCGUCCAGAAGGAAAAGUCGGAGGAGGCCAAGGCGGCGGAGGCCAAGGCGGCCCAGGAGCGUGCCCGACGUCCGGUCCGUUAUCGACCCAACCCGACCUGGUCACCUCCCCCCAUCAAGGAUCCCUUCCCGGCGCUGCAGACGCAGGCGCCGCCUCCGGUGCCGGUUUGGAACUUGCCCAAGGCCGGCCUGCACGAGGCCUACGGGCUCUCGUACCCUCCCCCGCUUUUCAUCGGCUUCACCCGCUCCUGGCCCGUCCUGCUGCAGGCCGUCGUCUCCUACAUCACCGCCGGCUGGCCGGCCGAGCAGAUCUACGUCGUCGAGAACACGGGCGUCGGCAAGGCCAACGAGCAGGGGAAGCUCUCGCUGCAGAACCCGCUCUACCUGAACCACGAGCAGCUUCACAAGCUCGGCGUCAACCUCAUCCGCACGCCCGUCCUCCUGAACUUUGCCCAGCUGCAGAAUUUCUACCUCCACCUCGCGCACGAGAACACGUGGCCGUUUUACUUUUGGUCUCACAUGGACGUGCUCGUCCUCUCGUACGAGGACGGACUCGAAGAUGUCACGCCGGAGGCCGGUCACGCGGGCUACAAGACGGUAUACGAGCUGUGCCUGACGGCGCUGCAGCUCGCCAUCCGCCACGGCGAGCGCUGGGCCAACAAGUUCUUCGCCUACGACCACCUGGCGCUCGUCAACCGCGAGGCCUACGACGAGGUCGGUGGCUGGGACACGUUCAUCCCCUUUUACAUGAACGACUGCGACAUGCACUCGCGUCUGCUCAUGCACAACUGGACCCAGACGGAAGCCAAGGCGGGCAUCAUCACCGACGUGAGCACCGUCCUCGACGACCUCGUCGCCUUGUACCGCAGGCCCGAGGUGGAGCCGGCAUUUACCGAUCCGAACCCGCCGCCGCCACCGCCGAAGGCGCCUGCGCCGGUGGUCAAUACCGUCGAGGACGAUGCCGAGGACGGUGACGAGGACGGUGACGAAGACGGCGACGAGGACAAGACUGGGAACAAGAUGAUUAAGAGGACGGCGAAGGAAGGGGAAAUGGACAAGGGUAAGGCUGAGGAUGGCAAGGAGGGAGGGGCGGAGGACAAUGCGGCGAAGACGGCGAAGACGGAGAAGGCGGCGAAGACGGAGAAGGCGGAAAAGACGGAGAAGACGGAGAAGACGGAGAAGACGGAGAAGACGGAGAAGACGGAGAAGGGAGAGACGUGGAACGGGGUGAAUAAGGGAGGCACUGAGAUCAGGGGCAACGAGACGGAAGCGCGCGCGUACUGGACCAAGCUGCGCGACACGGCCGAUCGCAUGUUCCACUACAAGCACGGCGAGCGCGGUCGCAACACCUGGCAGCUCGGCCAGCAGGGCGGUCGCGGCGAACCCUAUUACUAUCCUUCGCGCGGCUUCGCCGAGGCCAUCGAGGUGCUGACCGAGGCCGGGCGCGAGGUCUUCCGCCGCAAAUGGGGCCAUCGCGACUGCGACCUGUUGACGGGCACGCGCCUGAAGUUGGAGGACCAGUGGCUCGUCGAAAAGGACUGGGAGUGA